GUUGUGGUAUCAGGACCUGAUUUUAUUGGCUGUUGUUUCUCGAAGAUUCUUCAGGUGAUUGAUUAGCUGUUCACUAAUAAGGUAAUCUGUUCAGAGUCAAAUGGAGUUUAGCACUGACAUUGAAACACAUCUUCUCGGGGCUGUGCCUGACCUGGAUUGUGAUAACUACAAACUGAAGUCGUCAGACGUUGUUCCCGAAACGGACAGUGGAAUAAUAUCAGUACAACUUCUUGAAUUUAAGACGAGCCUCCAGGAAGCCGUGGAGGAACUGUACAUUCACAGGGUAUGGUCCAUCAGUCUUACAGCAUGUCCAUUAUUGAUGAAAUUGGUAUGUGGUGAGGUCAUUAGCUCCUUACAGUGACUCGGCAUGCAGACACAAUAAAAAGCUCUGUUUUUUUUCUCUACUAUUAAAAAAUAAAUAAAUAAAUGGUCCACUAACUAUAGAUUAGUGAAAAGAAAUAAAAAAAAAAAGAUAUGAUUUAAGAAGGUUUAAUUCCCUUAUUGUUCAAAACAAGAUGAAUAUAUUAUUUUGUUUUUUAUUUUUUAUGAGUUUUUUCUUUCAGUGUAUUGAGAUUAGGUAGGAAGAUCAUAGAAUACAGUAAAUGUCCUCGUAUUUUAAGAUUGCAUGAUUGCUGCUAGUGCCCUUCGGUUAUAGUUCUAGUUCUAGUUAUGUAAGUGCUCUAUUCGGUGAAAUCUAGACAGAAGAGAAAGAAGUCAUUUGUUCGGAAGGUGGUAUUAUGGGUUUUUGAAUGAAGAUGAUGACAGCACUUCUCGUCCGUUUGUACAAGAGUGCAUUUACAUCAGCACGGGGUCACGCAAGCAGGACCUGCCACAUUCACGUCUUCAUGCUUGUAAAACUGUUUCCCUCAAGCAAGCACUUAAAUGCUGACACUGUACACGUAAAAAGUUGUAAGACCAAAACUAAGCAUUGGAUUGCUCUCCUUUUUAUUGUUAUUAUCAUGCUGUUGGGGGAACAAAGGCAUUAAAUCAGUCCGCUCCUCAGGCAUGCCAUUAAACUAACACUUUGUAGUUCCCUAGUUUAUUGGGCUGAAGGUUGAGGCAGAGGACGGCUGUCAGGUUCAUCUUACUCAGCUGUAUAACAUUGUGCAUCUCUUAAUGUUCAUUAAGUACUUCUUUUUUAUAACAAGGUACAAAUAUAUGCGGAAAUUCAACCGUUUAGUCAGUGGGGUUAAUCAUGUCACACCAUGCAUAAACAAAUUAGUUUCUCUAAUUGUACAUUUUUCCCUUAGAAUUUUCUACUGUUAGUUAUUUAUACUGUAGUUUAUAGUAUUUAGUUUUUUAAUCCCUUUGAUAUCUUUUCAGCUAAUAAAUCAGCUCUUCUCCUUUUAAGAUUUACUCAGAUGACCAAAUUUAAUUCUGUUUUUUUUUUCUGGGCAAAAUCUCUACUGAAUUUAUUGUUUAGCUUUACCUGGUGUGUAUUUUUAAGUGUAUGCUAUGCCUGUAACACACUUUAAUGGGAACAUAUAAAUAAACUCCUACAUAGAUAUAAAAAGUGACCGUGUAGAAAGCCAUUGACUUUUACCUUUCCUGUAGGAGGACGAGGAAGUCUUUGUGCUAAUAUCUCCUCUUUAAUGCACCGGUGGUUUCCCAAACAAGCUGCACAAGCCAUUAAAAUGUGAUUUGUGUAUAUCUUGUUUCCUUUUUUUUUUAAAGAGAGUAUGUGUGUACUGUAUAGCCUGAAGUUUAUUGUAAAUAUCAGCAACUUCAAGGUAACAAAGUGGUUUUAAUUGUAUUUAUCCACGUGAGAACAAUUUACAUUUAGGAUGCUGAGACACGUCAUGAGGCUCAGGUCUGUAAACUCGUCCUGGAGAAGCAAGAACUAGAGUGGCAGAAGGAGUCUUUACAAAAUCAAAUCAGCAGGAUGACAAACGAACAAUCCGAAUCCAUCGCUGCUGUUAAAAAACAGUUUCAGGCUCAGAUUCAAGGAAUAGAAGAAGAAAAGGGGAAACACCAACUGAGUGCUGAAUUAAAGGACAAAGAGAUUACCAGCCUUAAGGAAGAGUUGAAGUCGCUGCAGUUGUCCAAGUACAGUUCGGAGAAGAAAUUAAGCGAGCUGGAGCAGAAGGUGCAGCUGCAGUCUCAGGUGAGGGACAGCCAUCUGAAUCAGCUGGGAGAGGUGGAGAAACGUUUUAGGACAAUAUCAAGGCAGUCUGCUGUGGUCAGACAGGUGCAUGAGAAACUGGAGCAGAACGUUGAGGAGGCAAUGCGGAUUAACGAGAAAAUUGUGUCCAUCAACAAAAAACAAGAGUCUACAAUUGCUGCCCUGAAAAAGGAUGUGGAGAGGCUAAACAGUGAGCUGGUCAAAAGCAAAGUCGUGUCCAUCUGCAGAUCCGGAGACGAAAGUACUUAUUGCCUCCUGAAAGCUCAGGAACUGCAGGAGCUUAAACACAGGCUGACUGUGGAGACUGAACUGAAUAAGAAGCUGAGAAAUGAAAUUGCCGUAGAAAGAGCAGAGAAGCAGGAGCUUAUGCACACCCUCCAACAUGCACAGGAGCUGCUGCAGACCCAGACACAGGCUGUGAGCCGAACUGAGCAACAGCUCCACAUACACACAGAGGAGUACCAGGUCCUUAAACGAGAACAUGAAAUGGUCCGAGAGAUGAGUAAAGAAAAAGAGGACAGACUUGUGCGCUUGAUCGACGACUACAAACGUUCCAAAACGAUUUUGGAAAAAGAGAUGGAGACUCUUCAUGCAAAGAUGCAGGCAGACCAGGAAGAGCUGAAAGCUGUUAAAAAGUCAUAUGAUCAUCUUCAUGAGAAACACCAACAACGAUCCUCUCGUCUGAUACAUCAAGCAAGAGAAAUUCAUGGCUUGGAGAAGGAUGACUCUGACAUCCAAACAAAUUCUCCUACCAGCUUAAACUGUGAUAUGGAUGUGGACAGGGACACGUCUUUAGAUGGAGAAGCCUGUCAAGCCAGUCCUCGAAAUAACUGUGAGCAUAUGAGGCAUUACAAAGAAGAUGAAGACAUUCCAGAUGAAAGGACUGCUGAGUGUCAAGAAGCGGCAAUAGGCGGAGAAAACGAUGAGGUUAAUGUUCGUUCACAGAUGGAUCGAACAACUCUGGCGCUUCUGCCUUCAGAAGGCCUUGAAGCUUUGGCUCCAGAUCAGUCAGAGACAAGUGAGCGAGUCGGUGGAACUGAUGUGACAAAUCAGCAGAUAGAUCCAGCUGUCAAACAAGAAGCUGGCGUCAGUGAAAGCGCCCCAGUGCUCAGAGUGUUUGCUAAUGGUUCCCCUUCAGACACAGUGCAAAGUUAUACAGAAAUCUGUCUCGCUAAGCUAUCAGAACCCCAAACCAGGUCUGUUUAUGGUGUGGCCAGUGACCCGGUGACGUCUGAACCCAGGGUUAUGCUAGCGGAGAAGAAUCUGUGUGUCUAUGAAAGACGAGACCGCCAGACACCAGAUAAACACACAUCCGAGACAUCUCAGGACGGUGACUUGAAAGGAGUCGAGCUUCAAUUUGUAGCACCUGAGAUAAAUAAGGCCCCCGGUGCCUUAACAAAUAGUGAUAGUAAACCUUGUGUUGAAGAAGCAGUCAUUUUUGUGGAAGACGGUAAAGAACCAGGACAUGCAGAUAACAGGAGUCCUACAAAUUACGGACAAUUAGGUGUAGCAACUUCAAGUCCACAGCAGCGCAUCAUUCCUCAGGAAUCAGAAGUUUCUCAUGAAGAACUUUCUCUAAUACUCGGCACUGCCUCGAUUUCUGACACAUCCUUUAGUGAACUACAAGGAAGCCCUGACAUUUUGGAAGAUAUGGACAACCACACCAGCGUCACUAAGGCAAAAUGUACCUCAGAAUCCAAGUCGAAUGCCGUUUCCUAUCCUGCUGAAUCUUCCUCUCAGAGCACUGUGUUUAUCAUGGUUAAUAUUGCAGAAGACCAAGAUGGAAAUAAAACAGACAAUAUCUGUACUUCUGCUUUACCUGUAGAGAGCGACAUACAAAAUGUAGAAGCAUCUCCAGAUCUCACGAUCUCAAACACACAGAAUGAUCCUGUGUUCACUGAUAUGAAAAUAAGCGAUGAAGCAAAUGAUGCAGAAGUGCAAAUUAGUGGCAUAGAACCUGACAACAAUGACGGAAGCCAAAGAUGUGAGUCAUCUCUUAUGAUGGACGUGCCUUUGAAAGAAACAACGGAUGCACGAAUGAAUGGUUCACAAAGUGCGGCAACGUUACAAACGAAUAAACCCUUAGCACCCCUGAGAGUGUUCAUUUCUGAGCAGAAAUCUGUGCUGCCUUCUGGCUUCCAGGACCUUCUCAGAUCAUUGCGUGUCUCUGAUUUUCCAAAGUCCACACUGAAAAAGCGAGGCAGACCUCUCGACAAGGCGCAUGUUUCAGACGUCCAUCCUGACCGAAAAAACGAUCACUGCAGGGAAUGGAACGCAAUAAAAGAAACGUUUUCUGAAAUCUCUGAUGAAAAGGAGAGCAGAAUUCCCAUCUCGUUUGGUUCAGCUCAGCCAAGCAGCCCAGCGGCGUGCACUGUGGGUAAUGGACUGCGUCAGAACUGCACUGUUACUCCCCCUCCCAGACUGCACAGCUUGGGAAAAGUGUCUCGGCCCGCGUGUGAGGAUCGAACGCCCACGCCUCUUGAGAAAGAGGACCUUCAGACGUCUGACAUCAGGUCCCAAAUCGCCAAGAUUGAAAAGCUCCUCUCUUCGGAAGGUCUCAGACCACAAAAAAGAUGUAGGGUAGAUGAGUUCUAGGUUUAGUUUGAAAAGCUUAGAUUAAGCGCAUCGUCUUUAUAUUAACAUACGAGUUGUUCUAAAGCUUGAACAUGGACAGGUUAUUUUUUUGUUUGUUUGUUUGUUUGUUUGUGUCACAUGUAACAGAAACGAGUAUCAGAUCUUUCUUAGAUAUAUCACAGCUAUCUCGAUCUUAAAUGUAUUUUUUUCUUUAUGUGAAACACGGCCCAGAAAGAUGGGCUCUGAUCUGUCCCCUACUAAUAAACAAGGUAACCUGCUUCACAUAAAACAUGUUAAUUGCAGCUGUAAAGCCAAUUAACACUAAUUACUCCCUGGAUGGCCUGUCUUUUCCUCUGAAGACAUUUAAUUUGCCAAACACAAACUGCCACCAACUAUAACUUGUGUUAAUUAAAACAUUCGAGUACCAGGAAUCAAUUAAUGCACAUUAACCCAAAUUAGUAAAUGCAAUUCGUUAGGUUUAUGUUCUCAAUAAGGAGGUUGUUUAGAUCAUAUGGACAUAUGUUAGGGCGAUACAGAUGACAAAACGUGUUGCCGCACCUGGUCAAGUAGAGAGUUUAUGUUGUAGAACAGUCAGCAGAUGUUAAUGAGCUUUUUAACCCAGCUGAAAAUGCAGCAGGAUUAAAAUUUUACGUUGUUGAAUUAUACUUAUUUGAUUUUGUUUGCUUUAAUGUGUUCAAAUCGUGUGUUUGUUUUUUUCAUAUACUGUACAUAUUUUACAGAACUGAAGCUGAUGCAUGCAUUUCAUUCUGUUUUAUUGUUCGAUAAAUCACAGUUCAUUUUUUAAAAUUAAAGCAGUUUAAAGGGCCUAACAAAAUCAUUCUCCUUAGAAGAAAUAAAACCACACUGCAGAAAGGAAAUGUGCACCUCCUGAGGAUGGCACAAGCUUCCUCUCAGGUCUGGCUUAAUACACUUACUCAUUAUUAAUAUGUCAAAAUGUUAAUGUCCUCAUAAAGAAAUCUGAUGUGUUUUGAGGGUCUGUGCCAGCAGUGCUGACCCUUAUCUUUAAAGGGAGUAGGCAAUAUGGAAAGCGUAAUUUUAAUACACAGUCUGGAAUAUGAAGUGGCGGUCCUUUGAAACAGUCAAUUACACUAGCGCGGGAGGGACCCCGGUGUUAAUUACUAGUCGGUUUUAUAUAGAGUGUAAAUAAAGAGCUUGCUGACAUUCACAUUCCAUCACUAUGUCCUGACUGCCACAGCAAAUUAGCCUGGCCCCUAUGGGCUCCACUGGACCCUGAGCGUUCAUUUAACACUAGAAUAACACUCGCUAACACUCACCGCAAACGAGGG